AUGAAGAAGGAUCCGCCGCUGCUGAUGGUUGCUCUAUCCCCUCUUCCCCUCUCCUCUCCCCGUUCCCGCUUGUGCCUCUCCGCAAUCAGGUCUCGAGGCGAUGAAGAAGGAUCCGCUGCUCAUUGUGGGGCCAAUGCUGUCGGGACAGGUGGCGCUGCUCGGAAGCAGCCUCGGGAAUGCCGCACAGUUCUUUUCUCCUCUCAUCUCAUCCCUCCCCUUGUGCCUUCUUUCAGAUACCCAUGUUCUUUUCUCCUCUCAUCUCAUCCCUCCCCUUGUGCCUUCUUUCAGAUACCCAUGGUUGCAUAUGCUGCUACGGAUCCCACCCUCACUGUCAGCACAGAGCGGCAGUCUUCUCUUUUGACUUGCUUCUCUAUUCCUCUUAGUUCUUUUCUCCUCUCAUCUCAUCCCUCCCCUUGUGCCUUCUUUCAGAUACCCAUGGUUGCAUAUGCUGCUACGGAUCCCACCCUCACUGUCAGCACGGAGCGGCAGUUUGUCAUGCGCACCACCCACAGCGACGCUGCUGAGAUGCAGGCAAUCGCAGACAUUAUCAGGCAUCACGAGGAGGAUCGCUGGAUGGAGGUGGUAACCAUUUACAUUGACAACCGCUUUGGCCGCAACGGCAUCGUGGCUCUCGAAUCAGCGCUUCAGAACAAGGGCUCCAAGGCAAGGAUAUCUCGAGCAAUACCGCUCGACAUCACCUGGACCGUGGCAGAUGUGAAAGAGAAGCUGCUGCCUUUGGUGGAAAGGGAGGAGUCGACAGUGGUGGUGGUGCACGAUGCAGGGGGGCAGGACACGGGGCGAGUGUUCAUCGCUGAGCUGCUGCCUCUGGUGGAGCAGGGGGAGUCGACAGUUGUGGUGGUGCACGAUGCAGGGGGGCAGGACAGGGGGCGGGUGUUCAUCGCUGCCAUGGAGCUGGGGCUGCUGACUGCGCCAUACGCGUGGAUAGCCACAGAGGCCACGUGGACAGUUGUGAUUAGUGGAGACGAAACGCUGGCACCCGUCAGGAAAGCCAUGGAGUGUGGUGCUGUGCGGUGUGGUGCUGUGCGGUGUGGUGCUGUGUGGUUAGCAGUUCACAGGAAGGGAGCUCUGGAACAGCGUGGAUCCCAAGCAGUACCCGGGGGCAGGGAGAAGGUGCGUGCAUGUGUGGUCAACUCAAUGGGUGUAUGUGUGGUCAACUCUAUGGGUGUAUGUGUGGUCAACUCUAUGGGUGUAUGUGUGGUCAACUCUAUGGGUGUAUGUGUGGUCAACUCUAUGGGUGUAUGUGUGGUCAACUCUAUGGGUGUAUUUGUGGUCAACUCAAUGGGUGUAUGUGUGGUCAACUCUAUGGGUGUAUGUGUGGUCAACUCUAUGGGUCUCGCGAGUUUCAACAAGCUCUGGAACAGUGUGGAUCCCAAGCAGUACCCGGGGGCAAGGGAGAAGGGUCAUGUGAACACCACCAGCAGCAUAGGUGGUAGUGGUAGUGGUGGCGGGGAAGCAGCACUGCAGGAGAGGCGAGAUGGGGUUGCAGUCGGUGAUUGGCCACAACUCCCUCUCGCCUCUCCUCUCAGGCACCAACGUUCGACCAUCAGUAGCAUGAGUGGUGCUGGUAGUGAUGGUGAGCAAGCAGCACUGCCAGAGUCGGUCAUUGGGCAUAACUCCAUCUCGCGCCUGCUCACAGGCACCAACGUUCGACCAUCUCCCCCCCUCCUCUCCCCCACUCUCCUCACAUUCUCCCCGUACAGUAACCCCUCCCUCCCUUUCCCCCUCCCAUCAUCCCCUUCCCCGCCCUCCCCUUUCCCCCCAUCACCUCGCAAACGGCACUGCUCUUCGCGAGGUGCUGUUGAAGACGGAAAUAAAAGGGGUCACUCGAGGAAAAAGCUCCUCCCCCUCACUCUUCCCCCUUCCUGCUCUCCCCUGCUCCUCCCCCCAUCCCACCUUCCCUCUCCCCUCUCAGACGGCGCUGCUCUUCGCGAGGUGCUUUUGAAGACGGAAAUAAACGGGGUUACUGGGAGGUUGAAUCUGCUCCCCAACGGGGACCGGGACAAGAGCGACUUGGAGGUUAUCAAUGUGGUCAACGGCACUGCUCGUGUGGUGGCAUACUGGCAGAGCUCCAGAGGGCUGCUGUCCAACACCAAGGCACCUUGGGGUUACCUUCCCAAGAAGAAGCUCCGGCUGGCUGUCCCUGUGAAAAUGGGCUUUCACCAAUUUUCCAGUAUCGCCAGCAGCACCACAGGAAGCGAAUCAGACCAGGCAGCUGUGGGAGGGUUCCCUGUGGCCGUCUUCAGAGCCAUAGCAGCUCACCUCAAGUACCCUCUCCGCUACGAGUUUGUGCCGUUUGGCAACGGGGCUGUUAACCCCAGCUACGACGAGAUGCUGCAAGCCGUGGCUGACAAGCUUGUGCCGUUUGGCAACGGCUCCUCCAACCCCAGCUAUGACGAGAUGCUGCAAGCCGUGGCGGACAAGUUUGCGCUGUUUGGCAACGGCUCCUCCAACCCCAGCUAUGACGAGAUGCUGCAAGCCGUGGCGGACAAGUUUGUGCUGUUUGGCAACGGCUCUUCAAAUCCCAGCUAUGAUGAGAUGCUGCAAGCCAUGGCGGCCAAGGUGGGUGUUCUAGAAUCUUCUAGCCUGGCAAUGGUCACGCUAGCACCGGAAGACUCCAACCCCUGGACGCCGCUCGUGCCCUUCUCCCCUUCCAUGUGGCUCUGGCUCGCCAUAGCCGCUCUCCUCUUCGCCCUCACCAUCCUCUUCCUAGAACGCCUCAACUCCUCCCUCUUCCUGCAACACCCCGUCGAGGGAGACACCAAGGCCGCGCGCUGCCGCUCGAAAGCCUUCUCGUUCCUCCAAGAUCUCUGGGAGGCGCUGUGGAUUGCCUUCCAGAGCUACUUUCUCGUGCCGGUGGAGGUUCACACGCUGCUGGCACGCGUGCCGGUGCUCGUGUGGUACGGGCUGGUGCUGAUUCUCAGCACCUCGUACACAGCCAACCUCACCUCGAUCUACACUGUCAACCUGCUCACUCCGCCCCUCCAGGUGAGCGUUGGUUGUCCCUCCCUUGAGUGUUUCUCGCUGCCGCUCCAAAGCCUUCUCUCUGCUUCAAGACCUAUGGGAGGCGCUGUGGAUUUCGUUUCAGAGAGCUACUUUCUCGUGCCGGUGGAGGUUCACACAUUGCUGGCACGCGUGCCGGUGCUGGUGUGGUACGGGCUGGUGCUCAUCCUGAGCACCUCGUAUACGGCCAACCUGACUUCUAUCUACACCGUCAACCUGCUCACUCCACCCCUCCAGGUGUGGUAUGGUUUGGUGUGGUAUGGUGUGGUGCUCGCUCUGGUGCUGAUCCUGAGCACCUCGUAUACGGCCAACCUGACUUCUAUCUACACCGUCAACCUUCUCACUCCACCCCUCCAUGUGUGGUAUGGUUUGGUGUGGUAUGGUGUGGUGCUCGCUCUGGUGCUCAUCCUGAGCACCUCGUAUACGGCCAACCUGACUUCUAUCUACACCGUCAACCUGCUCACUCCACCCCUCCAGGUGGGCACUGCUUGUCCCUUGAGUGUUCUCUUUGGACUGGCUGGCUGGUGUGAUGGUAUGCUCCCUCUGGUGUGGUGGUAUGCUCAUCCUCAGCACCUCGUAUACGGCCAACCUGACUUCUAUCUACACCGUGCUCACUCCUCCGCUGCAGUGUUUUGGUAUGCUCUCUCCGCUGCUGAUUCUGAGCACCUCGCAUGCAGCCAACCUCACCUCUUUUUACACCGUCAACCUCCUCACUCCUCCCUUCCAGGUGCGCAAUGGCUGUCCCUUGAGUGUUCUCUCUGGAAUGGUUGGCUAGUGUUUUGGUAUGCUCUCUCCGCUGCUGAUUCUGAGCACCUCGCAUGCAGCCAACCUCACCUCUUUUUACACCGUCAACCUCCUCACUCCUCCCUUCCAGGUGCGCAAUGGCUGUCCCUUGAGUGUUCUCUCUGGAAUGGUUGGCUAGUGUUUUGGUAUGCUCUCUCCGCUGCUGAUUCUGAGCACCUCGCAUGCAGCCAACCUCACCUCUUUUUACACCGUCAACCUCCUCACUCCUCCCUUCCAGGUGCGCAAUGGCUGUCCCUUGAGUGUUCUCUCUGGAAUGUGUUUUGGUAUGCUCUCUCCGCUGCUGAUUCUGAGCACCUCGCAUGCAGCCAACCUCACCUCUUUUUACACCGUCAACCUCCUCACUCCUCCCUUCCAGGUGCGCAAUGGCUGUCCCUUGAGUGUUCUCUCUGGAAUGGUUGGCUAGUGUUUUGGUAUGCUCUCUCCGCUGCUGAUUCUGAGCACCUCGCAUGCAGCCAACCUCACCUCUUUUUACACCGUCAACCUCCUCACUCCUCCCUUCCAGGUGCGCAAUGGCUGUCCCUUGAGUGUUCUCUCUGGAAUGGUUGGCUAGUGUUUUGGUAUGCUCUCUCCGCUGCUGAUUCUGAGCACCUCGCAUGCAGCCAACCUCACCUCUUUUUACAACACCGUUAA